CUCGGAGCGCGGGCAGCGGCGCGCGGGACCCAGAGCCGGGCCGGGGACGUGGCAGCCGUCUCGCCCGCCAGAAAGUUUCCCGGGAGGUGGCGGCGCGCGCUGCGGGGCCGCCGGGGGCACCAUGAACGUGUUCCGGAUCCUCGGCGACCUGAGCCACCUCCUGGCCAUGAUCUUGCUCCUGGGGAAGAUCUGGAGGUCCAAGAGCUGCGCGGGCAUCUCCGGGAAGAGCCAGAUCCUUUUUGCCCUUGUCUUCACCACCAGGUACCUGGACCUGUUCACCAACUUCAUCUCCAUCUACAACACAGUCAUGAAGGUGGUUUUUCUCCUCUGUGCCUAUAUCACAGUGUACAUGAUCUAUGGGAAAUUUCGGAAAACAUUCGACAGUGAGAAUGACACGUUCCGCCUGGAGUUUCUUCUGGUCCCUGUCAUUGGCCUCUCCUUCCUUGAGAACUACAGUUUUACUCCCUUGGAGAUCCUCUGGACUUUCUCCAUCUACCUGGAAUCAGUGGCCAUCCUGCCCCAGCUCUUCAUGAUCAGUAAAACCGGAGAGGCGGAGACCAUCACUACUCACUACCUGUUCUUUCUUGGGCUGUACCGGGCGCUCUACCUGGCCAACUGGAUCAGACGGUACCAGACGGAGAACUUCUACGACCAGAUCGCAGUGGUGUCUGGAGUAGUACAGACCAUCUUCUACUGUGACUUCUUCUACCUGUAUGUGACCAAAGUCCUUAAAGGAAAGAAGUUAAGUCUUCCAAUGCCAAUUUGAGGGUCCCGGAGUUGGUUCUACGCCUUAAUAAGGACACUGAACAAAACUAUGUGAAAUGUUCUGGACUAAUACAGGACUUGGGCCAAAUGUUAAAAUUAAAAGGAGAACAAUGCUUAGUGUGGAUUUCCACAAAGCACUGAUCAUUCUAUGUAAAAGACGUUCUCACCAAUCUGUCCCGUAAAUUAUAGCAGCAGUAAAAAACCUAGGUGAAGUAUGCAAGUGGGCCCCAGGUCACCUGGGUAUCUAUAAAUCAGAGGUGCUUAACCCAUGUAUGGGUCAAACUAUUGCUCCCCAAUGUCCUAGCCCGAAAGCCUCACGCUACGAACAGUCAGUCCCGUCUGGAGAGAGACCUGUGUAUACAGCAGAUGCCCCCAAAGACCAGACUUCAAGUAUCGGAACAUGCUGUUUGAUUUUCACUUUCCAGAUCAAGUUUUAGGGACCAAUACACAGGUGAUCUGGUCUUACAGGUGUGAAGUGUUACUUCACUUCUCAUCUGUCUUCAAGCCACAAGUAAAAGCCAAACUUCUCGAUUCUGGCUAGACUCUGCUUUCUGCCUCACUGGGAAAGCAGACGAGGGUCUUGCUACAGCUCGAGGCAGCUCUACCUGGUACUUUAAUCCCAGUAACCUGGGGGGGGGCACCCUUACCAUGGCGACCAUUUACCAAUAAGAAAAAAACUGCCCAAAGUUUUUUUUACCUACCAGGUGUCUGGCUUUGCUGCUUUGGGACUCCAAUUCUUCCUUUAAGACCACUGAUCCCACCUCCCUUUCACAUUUUGAGGUGCUAAGGUGGUUACUCAGUUCAACAACCCCAAACUUGGUCUUGAAGCAAAUAAACUGUUUAAGACAACUACCACUGGACUCUAGUCGGAAUUUUCAAGCAAUAAAAAGUUCACACCUUA